AAGAUUGCCAAUAAAGUUGGAGAGAGGAGAGAGGAAGAAAAAGGGAAUAGUCAUAUUGGCGACGCCAAAGAUUUCCAGAACGCCAUAGACCGUCAUGAUCGGGACCUCAAAAUAUCCAGAGAAGUAGGAGACAGGGCAAGAGAACAAAGAGCGUACUGUAAUCUUGGCAACGCCUAUUUCAGUCUUGGAGAUUUCCGGAAAGCCAUAGAGUACCAUGAACGACACCUCAAAAUUUCGAAAGAAGUGGGAAAAAGGGCAGGAGAAGGAAUGGCAUACUGUAAUCUUGGCAACGCCUAUUCCAGACUUGGAGAUUUCCGGAAAGCCAUAGAGUACCAUGAACGAGACCUCAAAAUUUCGAAAGAAGUGGGAAAAAGGGCAGGAGAAGGAAGAGCGUACUGUAAUCUUGGCAACGCCUAUUUCAGUCUUGGAGAUUUCCGGAAAGCCAUAGAGUACCAUGAACGAGAUUUCAAAAUUUCGAAAGAAGUGGGAGACAGGGCAGGAGAAGGAAGAGCCUACGGGAAUCUUGGCAACGCCUAUUACGGUCUUGGAGGUUUCCAGAAAGCCAUAGAGUACCAUGAACGAGACCUCAAAAUUUCGAAAGAAGUGGGAGACAGGGUAGGAGAAGGAAGUGCGUACGGUAAUCUUGGCAUCGCCUAUUACAGUCUUGGAGAUUUCCAGAAAGCCAUAGAAUACCAUAAACAAGACCUCAAAAUUUCGAAAGAAGUGGGAGACACGGCAGGAGAAGGAAGAGCCUACGGGAAUUUUGGCAACGCCUAUUACAGUCUUGGAGAUUUCCAGAAAGCCAUAGAAUACCAUGAACAAGACCUCAAUAUUUCGAAAGAAGUGGGAGACACGGCAGGAGAAGGAAGAGCCUACGGGAAUCUUGGCAACGCCUAUUACAGUCUUGGAGAUUUCCAGAAAGCCAUAGAGUACCAUGAACGACACCUCAAAAUUUCGAAAGAAGUGGGAGACAGGGCAGGAGAAAAAAGAGCGUACGGUAAUCUUGGCAUCGCCUAUUACCGUCUUGGAGAUUUCCAGAAAGCCAUAGAGUACCAUGAACGAGACCUCAAAAUUUCGAAAGAAGUGGGAAAAAGGGCAGGAGAAGGAAGUGCGUACGGUAAUCUUGGCAUCGCCUAUUACAGUCUUAGAGAUUUCCAGAAAGCCAUAGAGUACCAUGAACGACACCUCAAUAUUUCGGAAGAAGUGGGAGACAGGGCAGGAGAAGGAAGAGCGUACGGUAAUCUUGGCAACGCCUAUUACAAUCUUGGAGGUUUCCAGAAAGCCAUAGAGUACCAUGAACGAGACCUCAAAAUUUCCAAAGAAGUUGGAGACAGGGCAGGAGAAGGAAAAGCGUACGGUAAUCUUGGCGUCGCCUAUUACAGUCUUGGAGGUUUCGAGAAAGCCAUAGAGUACCAUGAACGAUGCCUCAAAAUUUCGAAAGAAGUGGGAGACAGGGCAGUAGAAGGAAGAGCGUACGGUAAUCUUGGCAAGGAUUAUCACUCUCUUGGAGAUUUCCAGAAAGCCAUAGAGUGCCAUGAACGACACCUCAAAAUUUCGAAAGAAGUGGGAGACAGGGUAGGAGAAGGAAGAGCGUACGGUAAUCUUGGCAACGCUUAUCACAGACUUGGAGGUUUCCAGAAAGCCAUAGAGUACCAUGAACGAUGCCUCAAAAUUUCGAAAGAAGUGGGAGACAGGGCAGGAGAAGGAAAUGCGUACGGUAAUCUUGGCAACGCCUAUUACAGUCUUGGAGAUUUCCAGAAAGCCAUAGAGUACCAUGAACGACGCCUCAAAAUUUCGAAAGAAGUGGGAGACAUGGUAGGAGAAGGAACAGCGUACGGUAAUCUUGGCCACGAUUAUCACUUUCUUGGAGAUUUCCAGAAAGCCAUAGAGUACCAUGAACGACACCUCAAAAUUUCGAAAGAAGUGGGAGACAGGGCAGGAGAAGGAAGUGCGUACGGUGGUCUUGGCAUCGCCUAUUAUAGUCUUGGAGAUUUCCAGAAAGCUAGAGUACCAUGAACGACGCCUCAAAAUUUCGAAAGAAGUGGGAGACAGGGCAGGAGAAGGAAGUGCGUACGGUGGUCUUGGCAUCGCCUAUUAUAGUCUUGGAGAUUUCCAGAAAGCCAUAGAGUACCAUGAAAGACGCCUCAAAAUUUCGAAAGAAGUGGGAGACAGGGCAGGAGAAGGAAAAGCGUACAGUAAUCUUGGCAACGCCUAUGACGGUCUUGAAGAUUUUCAGAAAGCCAUAGAGUACUAUGAACGAGACCUCAAAAUUUCCAAAGAAGUGGGAGACAGGGCAGGAGAAGGAAAAGCGUACGGUAAUCUUGGCAGCGCCUAUUACGGUCUUGGAGAUUUCCAGAAAGCCAUAGAGUACCAUGAACGAGACCUUAAAAUUUCGAAAGAAGUGGGAGACAGGGUAGGAGAAGGAAGAACGUACUGUAAUCUUGGCAACGACUAUGACAGUCUUGGAGAUUUCCAGAAAGCCAUAGAGUAUUAUGAGAAGAGUGUUACAGCCUUCGACCACAUCAGAGGAAAUCUCAUAUCUAAUGACGAAUGGAAGAUAAGCCUAGCGAAUACGUAUGAUCAUAUUAAUUUGAGUCUAUGGGCGCUGCAGUUUAAGGAAGGUAAAGUCAUCGAGGCACUUUUAACUGCUGAUCAUGGACGUGCACAGGCUCUAAACGAUCUUCUGGAGUUCAAGUAUGGCCUUAAAGGGUUACGCCCAGAAAUAGGAACACUUUCUGCAAGACCAAGUGACUUUCCUAGCUACUUACCUUCAAAUACAGCUUUUAUAGCUAUCAACGAGGGAGGAAUAGUUCUCUGGGUGAGCAAGAAAGGAAAAGAAAUCAAAACUAGAAGAAGCCAGAUUGUUAUCCCUGCUACAAACUAUUUUCAGUCUCUUUUGGAAACUAUACAUAAAGAAAUAGGUGUGAGAGCUGAUGUUAUUUGUGAAGAUCGCUCGUUAAGGAACCCAAAUGAUAAAAAGUUAGCAGGAGAAAGAUCCAUUAAGGCAAAGUCUCAUCCUUCAUGUUUUGAGACAAAAUCAUUACAAACAUUUUACAAUGCUGUUAUAGACCCUAUAAGAGACUUACUCCAGGGCGAUGAGAUCGUGGUCGUUCCACAAGGACCUCUGUAUUUGGCGCCUUAUGCUGCAUUUAUAGACGUGAAAUCAAAAUACCUCUGUGAAACUUUCAGAAUUCGUUUGCUUCCCUCACUUUCUAGUCUUCGAUUAAUCCAAAAUAGUCCAGCAGAUUGGCACAGAAAGACUGGCGCUCUUCUCGUUGGCGAUCCGUGGGUACAGGAGGUGGUUUAUGAAGGAAAGCCGCUAGAGCAGUUAAUUUGGGCCAAGAGGGAAGUGCAGAUGAUUGGGGAAAUACUUCAAGCUGUACCUCUCGUUGGAAAGCAGGCAACAAAAGAUGAAGUUUUGAGACGUAUUUCCUCGGUUGCUUUGGUGCACAUUGCUGCUCACGGUAAAAUGGAAACAGGAGAAAUUGCCUUGUCCCCGAACACAACAUGUUCAUCACCCGGGAAUCCAGCCAGGGAGGACUACCUCUUAACUAUGAAAGAUAUUUUAGAGGCGAAGAUUAGAGCAAGACUUGUUGUACUUAGUUGUUGUCAUAGUGCUUGGGGAGAGGUGAAAUCUGAGGGUGUGGUCGGCAUCGCACGUGCUUUUUUGGGUGCUGGUGCUCGUUCUGUUCUGGUGUCCCUAUGGGCGAUCGAAGACCAAGCUACUAUGGAGUUCAUGAAAGUUUUCUACCUACACUUAGUCCAUGGACAAAGUGCCAGUGAGGCCCUGAAUAAAGCCAUGAAUUCAAUGAGAGAAUCUGACGACUUUAGCGCAGUGAGGCAAUGGGCGCCGUUUGUUCUUAUUGGUGACGACGUAACGCUCCAGUUUGAGGGCAUCAAAUAA